AUGAGUGGAACAUUGCAAGAACCGCCCACUUCGGAAGAAAAGAAGUUCUACGGGUCAAUCUUUAAGACAUUGGACCCGGCAAAGACUGGUAAGAUAUCUGGAUUGGCAGCUAAACCGUUAUUGGAAGCAUCUGGCUUACCAUUAGCCAGUUUAGGAGAGAUAUGGAAUUUUGCCGAUCCCGACAACACUGGCUUUUUGGACCAAAGAGGUUUCUUUAGCGCCAUGAGGAUGAUUUCAGACGUUCAGUCUGGUAACCAAUUGACACCAGAUGCAGUUCAACAUGUCAAACCUUUAGCAAACUUUCAUACAAUUCCAAUUUCUUCUACUGGAACGGGAUCAAUGAGCAUACAGGGAACUGGAUCAAAUGGUAUGAGUCCAAGGGGAUCCCGUGUACCAUCGACAACGUCAUCAAUUGCCUCCAAUACGAGACUUAUAGUUCCGUUGUUGGCACCUGAUCAGGCUUCCAAGUUUGGUAUAAUGUUUGACAGAACGGUUUCAAGCCCAAAUGGAAUACUUUCAGGUGUACAGGCACGUGACAUCUUUCUGAAGGCAAGACUUCCAGUCCAGGUGCUUGAAAAAAUCUGGAAUUUGGUGGAUAGGCAACAGAGAGGUGAACUUUCGAGGCCAGAAUUUAUUAUGGCAAUGCAUUUAAUUCAGUCUUUUCUUGGCAAGACAAUGACUGUUUUGCCCACUGUGUUGCCUGAAGCAAUGUGGAAGACGGCAGAGGACUCAAAGGCAACACCGCCUGCAGUCCCAUCUCCUCGUGUGACAUCAAAUGCUAAUAUGAGCGUUUCUGUUUCUUCUCCGCAGCCUUCGGCACAUUCUUCACAGCCCUCAUCUCCUGCCUCUGCAAGCUCUACCGAUCUUAACACGUGGAUCAUGUCUCUACAACAGCGCCAGCAGUAUGGGGCACUUUUUGACUCUCUCGACAAGAAUAAAACGGGAACUCUUAGCGGAUCACAGGUGGCAAGUUUCCUGAUGACAUCCAAUCUCCCCAACGACGUUCUUGCCAGCAUCUGGGAAUUGGCAAACUUGAACAAUUCCGAUGGGUUCAAUCGCCAGGAAUUUUGCAUUGCCAUGUAUCUCGUCCAGAAGAAGCUUGCAGGCUACAAUUUGCCCGAAAAAACACCAGAUGAGCUUCGUGAGAGCUCACAAUCGUCAAUUUUGCAGCCACCUGCACCCGUACAGGCACAAAGGACUGUUCCAGAGAGCCGUGUUGCCUCAUCGGCAUCAUCUUCUCGGGGGAAAUCUCACAUGGACGAUUUGAAGGACAUCUUUGGACUUGAGACUGCAGCAGCAUCAAACUCAAAAUCCGCCAGCCAAAGUCAAACUACUCCAUCCACUGAUACCCCAGUGGCCCCAUUACAGACUUCAAGAACAGGCACGACUUUUGUACCUUCAUCGAACUUCGGCAGGCAGUUGCAAAAAGAGCAAAUCGAGAAGGAGCAGCAGGCUAAGAAUGCUGCUCUAGAAGAGACAAACGACACAACUUCAUCUUCGGACGAGGAUGAGGGGCCAGAAGAUCUUGAUAAGCCAAACUAUCCACCAGUUAUUCCUGAAAGAAACAGCAAACCUGUCUUCAGCUCUACUGAUUUGAGCGAUCAAGUGCAAGCUGGCAAUGCACAGAAUGCUGGAUUCAGCAACCAGCCAACUGGAUUCAGCGAUCAGCUAACUGGAUUCAGCGAUCAGCCAACUGGAUUCAGCAACCAACCAACUGGAUUCAGCAACCAACCAACUGGAUUCAGCAACCAACCAACUGGAUUCAGCAACCAACCAGCUGGAUUCAACAGCCAACCAGCUGGAGUUACUGAUGCUUCUACUGCAUUUGCAGACCACGGAGCAGAGGCAAAUGUUCAACCAGACGCGGUUAAGACUCAAUUGUCCAAGGCCACGGUUGACAUUGCCAACUUUUCGAAUGAAGUCAAUUCAUUAAGCAGACAGAACGCCAAUCUAAACUCAAGGAAGGACAAGGCACAGAAAGAACUUGCCAAAGUGCUUAAGGUGAGGGAAGAUAUCAAGGCUAAGCUUGCAAAGCUCAAAACAUUUUAUCAAUCCGAAUCUGAAACGAUGCAGCAGAAGAGCAAGGAAUUGGUUGAUGUUACAAAAGAGAACAACCAGUUGCAGCAAGAACUUUCCAUUGUGGAAGCCAAUCACCAUUCGGAACAGGCAAAGCUCAGUAAUCUUCAACAGGAACUUGACAAGGCUCUUAACGAUAGUAAGCUGAUGAAGGAGCGGUUGAGUUCUUUAAAUACGGAAUACCAACAAUUUCAGGAGCAAAACAAGAGCUUGGAGGUUAGGGAAAAGCAGGAAAGAAGCAAAGCUGCUGUUAUUCGUCGUCAGGUUGAAUCUCAACAAGCAUCAAAUACCCAGUUGAAGGAUCAGAUACAACAUUUGACAGAGUCCAUCAAGUUGCUAGUGUCGGGACAAUCAAAGUUGGCUGAUGAGUAUAACAAAUUAGAGGAUGAAUCAUUGGAUCUUCACGAUAAACAUACAACCUUGAGUGCCGAGUAUGUUGAGAAGAACUUGUCUUCUCCUCAUACAUAUUCUACGACAGAGCCAAAGAAUGAGGAUAAGGCCGCUGAAACUGAAAUCUCGGCUAAGAACAAUGUGGAGAAGAAGGAGAAAGAUAUAAAUGUUAAAUAUCCGAAGAUUGAAGAUACCAACGAGGCUGAAGAGGUGGCAAAAUCACAGAAUGAGGAUGAAAGUUUAGAGAAAAGCAUGGAUGAACCAAAGGAGGCUGCAAAAGUUCCAGAAGAGGAGGAAAAUGCCAAUAAUUUAGCCGAUACCGAAAAAAUGCGGGCUGAAAAGGAGCCUUCCCUCGAAGAGCAAAACGUGAAGAAUAUAGAAAAUGAUAUUUCGAGUGAAAAAACCGGAAUUGAACAGUCGACCAAUGAGAAAAGUAUCAACAAAUCAGAACCAGAGUCAGAACCUGCCGAACAAGCUCCAAGAAAAUUGGAUGAAGAGAAAAACUCUAUCAGUCAUACUGAGCCGUUUGGAUCAGUGGCUAAAAGAGCAUCUCAACAAACUGUUUCUGAUGAUGAUUCAUAUGAAGUUUUGAAUCGUGAGGAUGCAAUGAUAGCAUCGGUUCCAGAUGUGAAACCAUAUGCUUCAUUGAAUAUUCCAAAGCCAGAAGAGGAUGAAAAUAAAGAUAAGGAGGAAGAGAAAGUGCAUGAAAAUAAGCAGAAAGAGGAAGAAGAAGAACGUAAAGAGAAAAAGGAAGAGGAGAAGAGCAAUUCUGUUGGAUUGAUAGAUGAUGCUACAGCGACUGCAUCAGUGAAGCAAAAUGAUGGUAAAUUGUCUUUUGCAGACAGCAAACUUGUUAGUGCGACUGAAAACGACACACAUGAAGCUUCCACGACGGAUUCUUUUAAGGUGUUAGAGGAAAAGGAGUCGAAGGAGGGAGAACAGAUGACCAAGGAUGAUAAAGAAAAAGAACCAGAGCCAGCUGUAGGCAAUUGUGAUGAUGAUGAUGAUGAUGAUGAUGAUAACGACAACGGAUCUUUUAAACCUUUGAAAGAGCAUCAUAUCAGUGACUCAGAAUCGUCAUCAUCUAACGAUCAAUUUGAAGAUUCUUUUUCAAGUCCGGUCGCUCCUGUCAUAAAUGAGAAGAAGACAAUUCUUGAUAAAACUGAUGCAGUGAAACCAAUCAAUAAUGAGAAUAUAAGUGCUGUUGAUGCAUCGCCAAAAAAAUCAACGAAUCCAUUUUAUCAGGCUACAAAUGACACCAUGUUUGACGAUCUUGGGUUGGAGGAGGCUGUUCCAGAGACAUCUGAAGCAAAUGAAUUUGAUGAACUCGAUCAGCGAGCAGAUCAGUUUACGGAUCCGGUUGGCUUUUCUUUCACAGAGGCAUCAGCAACUCCAACAGCAACAGCAGCAAAUAAUGAUGCCGGUGCGGAUGAUUGGGAACAGGUAUUUGCUGGCUUUGGAAAUGACCCAAAGCUCACAAUUCCACCAAAUGACGAAUUACAGAAAAACUCGAAUUCUCAAGAGUUUACCUCAACUCCUUCAGGAUUCACUUCAACUCCAUCAGGAUUUACUUCAAGUCCACCAGGAUUCACCUCAAUUCCAGCCGCUGAAGAUGCCAACACAAACUCUUUGGUAGAAGAUGAGAAGAAGCAGGAGGAAAAAGCUUCUGAUGACUUGAGUCAAAAAUACACACAAGCACAAUCUCUUGCAAUCGAUGAGCUCAUAGGCAUGGGAUUCGAUGAGAAUAAGUCGAUUGACGCUCUAAAGAAGAAGAGCUGGAAUCUUGAUGAUGCCACUAACUAUCUUCUUGAUAACUCAUAA